AACAAUGUGAAGGCUUUGUAUCUUACCUCUAAUGUCUUGAACCUCUUCUCUACUUGGCUUAAGCACUUUGCAGGGAAACGAGAGUAACUGGGUUUACGCAAAAGCAUGCGGGAUACGACUUAGACUAUGCAAUAAAACUGGAGGUGGUCAACAUGGACGAGGGUAGAUAUGAACAAACAGAGUGUUUACCUGGAAGCAGUGCUGACAGUGAUGCUUCAAGUAGUAUCUUCGAAAGCAAUGACAGCAGUGAGCCUAUGAGUGACAUAGACAGACCCUCGGAUGAAGAUGAAGAUCUAAGGGAGGAUUUACAGAAAAAUAUAGCUAGUUUUUAUAAGUCUGAUUCAAAUACAUCACAGUCAAAUGACAUCACAGACGAUGAAGAGUUCCAAGCUACGGCUCUUUGUCAAUUUAUGGAUAUAUUAAACGAUUUAGAUGAAGUAUUAGAUAAAUCUUUGCUCGCGUGCUUAGAUGAAGGUACGAAGUCUUACGAUAGCGAUGAAGACGAUCUCAUAUGCAAAAUCAAAGAAUGUAUCGCAGACAAAGAAGAUUCUGUGUCACAAAGCUCUGUAGAUGACACAACACAAGUAGUCAUGGGCCCUAUUGCCCAAACAUCACAGUCAACAGAGGAAGUGGAUAUAACACACAGUGACAUGUCGUUACCGCGAUUAAAUUUUGGACGUUCCAAAAGCUAUACAGAACUACCUAGGAGUAGCAGUGAAAUUUCCGCGUUGUCUUUAGAAAGGGCCAAUACGUUUGAUGAUAACUUACGUAAUUCCAUGAGGAGAUUGGACCCGAUAAUACUGCCCGCGAUCAGUACGCAAGAAUCAUCACACGCAUCAUGCGAACCUUUGACGUUACCUGUUAUAUUAUUUGUAGAACACCACGUUAAUAUGCGGCCGACCAGUGCACCUAUACAGCUACAAGUUUCGGCCGCUAAUGUAAGCAGCGACGGACCCUCAGGGCCACUUAUUGUGGGUCGUAGGACGUUGCUUAUGAAUAGAGCUUUAUCGUUACCUUCGCCUGGAGACAGCGAUGUUACAGCCAUCGACUGGUCAGAGCGUAAUGCUUCGCGGAGUGUUGCUAGAAGCGCGAGUGGAUCUAGUUCAUCAAGUGGAUCAUUGGUUGGCGUAGUGCCAUUAACUCCAAGUGCGUUCACUGCUUCUGAGGAUAGGAAUGAAGAGAGCGAGGUACCUCCUUUUGGGGUUUGGCCACAUCGGAUGAGUGCAAUGCUGGCAUGCCUCAGUUGCACUGUAGGAAUUUUCAACAUCUCUAGGUUUGCCAUAUUUAGCGUACACUUUGGAGCAAGCUUCAUAGUGCAGUUUUUUAUAUUGUCCCUAAUAAUUGGCAUACCUUUGUUCACUCUACACUUAUGUUUGGGCCAAGUACUGGAGUCGGGGCCCGUUGAUAUGUGGAGGAUAUCGCCUAUAUUUCAAGGUGUCGGAGUCUCUUUGCUACUGACCCAAGCUGUGAUCGGGAUGUACAGUAUUAUUGGGCUGUCGUGGAUAUUUGUUUACUUUCGAGACUCGUUUAUAACGUCUGAUGAUAGAUAUAAAUGGGCGGUUCCGCAUGAGUUUAGUUUUGAAGAUAUGAACCAUAAGAACAGUACAAUAAGGAUCCAAGACACGCUCCCGCAAUACUUCCACGGGGAGGUGCUUCAACGUAAUUUAAACUCGAACUCCUUUGGCACAAUAAAGUUUCAAGUGGCAUUCAAUUUGGCCGUAGUAUGGAUGAUCGUUUUCGUCUCUCUUAGUAAAGGAUUGAGGUCGUACGGCAAGGCUGUAUACAUGCUGAUAUUCCUUCCAAUUUGCGGCACAUUAGUACUUUGUACUAAGCUUUUAACUCUGAUACCAUAUGACGCUGUUACGAAUAUAUUCUCUGAGACUGAUUGGAGCGAAUUUUUUAUUAAUAGUAAUAGUUGGGCGGCGGCUGCACAAGAGACAUUCCUGACCUGGGGUCUGCUCGGGGCAUGCAUUAUGCAACUCACGUCCCACAAGGACGCGAAGAACAAAACGAACAUAAUGCUUCAGAAGGAGAGCGCUUGUAUAGUAGCGUUUACAUUUGCGGUACUCCUGCUUGGGUCGUUUUUGGCCAAUACAUGUGUGCAAAUAUUGAAGAACCAUGGAUAUCAUUUUGUACCUAGUAGUUUUGAAACGAUAAAAUCAUCACAAUUCCUCUGGCCGAUGUCGGAACCUUUGCCUGGCAACACUGUAUCUACCCCAGUAAGAUAUAUGGGUCACUACGGCAGCUUGGUGGGAGUUACGGUGUGGAAAACUGGCAACAACGUGCGCACUUUGAGCGGCUGGCAACCCUUGCAAUUGGCGACGCAAAUUGUACCCGCUACUUUAGCUGUGUUACCAGCGAAUGUUCUAUCACCCGCAUGGGCAGUUAUAUUCUACUUCAUCCUCAUAAUGUUCGGCAUCGCGCAGCAACUGGCGAUCUGGCAUUGCGUGAUAACUGGUAUAAUGGCGAUCAACGCUCAAGCACUGCGCGUGUGGGAGACCACCAUUACAUUCCUCAGCUGCGUGUUCGGGCUUGCGAUGGGAUUGCUUCUGUGUACUGACGCGGGUAUAAAAAUAGUCCAUUUCAUAGACUACGUGUGGGUUGGCUGUUGGUGGCAAUGUGUGGUGCAAGUGGCGUUGGCGAUUGGCGUGUUUGUGGUGCGCGGGCGGCCGUACUCCCCGGACGUAGUUGUGGCGGCACUUUACUCAACCAGGACGAGGUUGUCCGCCACCUUCGCCGCUUUGCUGAGCUUCACUUGGACCGUUGUUUUACCUGUGCUAUUAUGCGCGGUAUGCGUUAUGGAUUUCCGCGUGGGACAACAGCGUCAAAUGUAUAGUUGGAGAAAACCAAUCGGGUACUGGCCGAUAUGGACUCGACAAUUGGCCGUAGUGUUACAACAGGGUGCCCUGUUGCUGGUACCUUUGGCGGCAUUCGUGCAGACCUGGCGCUUCAUCUCCAAGGGACCACCUGAUAUACUCGAGGAUUAUGCUUCAAAUGAGUGCUUGGAUGACAUGCGCGUCCAAAACCUCUACCGGCCGCGUAUGAACGAAGCCGGUGAGACACUUCCAACAGCAGCCGUAACUCGAGAUGCGCCGAGCCUGGAUCCGGCUCCCGACCCACCACCCAAAUACACACCGCCGCCUUCAUACUCCACAGCUACCGGUGCAAGACUGCUCAAUACUCUACGACGAAGCUUUAGGACUUUGAGGAGGAUAACAUCGAGUCGAACGGAAUCACAACAUGGCGAUACAUCACAAAUACCCAUCACACUCAGCGAAAGUGUCGACCGACAAUCGCAUCACAGUGGUACCACACCAUCCGUCACCAUAACAGACGAAACUGACCACACGAGAACGAUACACGCCAAUCAACAAAUCAACAUGAACCGACAUCUCAACAUAAAUCGACCGCUCAACACAAAUCAACAACUCAACAGAAACCGACCGACGUCAUCCCGUAACUCCUUGACACUAACACGAGACUUCCUGCGAAGGUCUUUCGUAAGGAAAAGCGAUUCAGCUAAAAGUAUACGUUCGAGUUUACGAAGAAGUUUCAAAUAUGGCGGUGGUUUGACAACUAGUCACGAACAUUUGGUUGGAGAUGUGGAACCAAUAUCUAACACUGUGGCCAUGUCGGCAGUUGCCGGUGAACCCACUUCGCAUACGAGGAGUUUAGGUUCAGUUAUAUGAAUUAAUUUUAUACCGCCUAUAGAAUGUAUGUUUAGCGUAAUCGGGACAAACUUCUUGUGUGCUAGGGAUAUUUUAGUAAACAAAGGUAGACGAAAAAAGAUAAUCAAUGAAAAAAAAUUGUAGUGCGUCUUAUAAUCUCGCAUGCAAAUAUUGUCCCAAAAUUUGUUUACUAUAAUUAUCUUCCUUCGUUGAAUUUUGUUUAGAUCAAAUUUAAUUCGAUUAAUGUAAUCGAAUUUGAUUACAGCAAUUUAGCGUAUUAAAUUGUUGAGGCGUGAACUAAAUGCACAACAUUUGGUCUGUUUAGCAUAAUAAAAAAAAGGGGUUAGGAAGAAAGUCUUUCAAUUAUGCACUGACCGAGACCAUGUAAGCAGAUUGAAAGUUUGAGAUGCAAAACGCUGUCAAUUUAGAAUUUUGGCAUGUCUAUUUAAAAAUAUAUAAUUAAUUUUUCAUUUAAAAAUCUACGCAAUUAAAGUAACACUUUAGCAAUUAAAUAUCACUUGCUAUAACGUGCCUGCCUGAGUAGUCUCCAUAAAGUUCUCAAAGGAAUUUGGCUUCCGCCCAUCCGCACUGGGCCAGCGUAGUGUAUAAGGCCUAAUGAUUGAAAAGGUCAAUCAUAGACCGCUAAUAAUAAUGACUAAUUUUCUUAUUAUUUCAUAUAUAACUUGUUACAUUGUUUAAAUGCAUUUCCUAAUAUUGUUUAUAUUUAGAUAAAAUCCUAAAGAUAACUAUAGUAGUAUGGUUAUCGAAACAUUAUUAAGCCAAAAGAGAAUGUACUUAAUGCUGCUCGUAUUACAGACGCAAAAUAAUUUUUCUGAUUUUCAAUCGUUGCGCUCUGAAAGUGUAGGAUAAUUUCAGCUUUAAUGUAAGGUGUACAAGAUAUAUUUUACUUUGAAGGUAGUUUUUCGUAACUUAAUUCGUAAUUCGAUUCCGAGCUUACAAAUCUUUUAGAAUUUUCCGACAUUUGCAGUUUGAUAGAUUUUCUAUCUAAUUCUGUGUGCACGCACUUCUUUACAAUCUGAUCGCGGCAGUCGGCGGUCAACUUAUUCCGCGUGUAGGAUACUCUGUUUGCAAUCAAUAUUGUUAAUAAUAUGUAAUUAGAGUAAUAAUUACUAUCGAUUAAUGUAAAGAACGGAAGGUUUUACGAUUAGUGGUAAUUUAGUGGUACUUAUAGUUAUUUUUCGAAUAUUUGAAUAUCACUUUUUAUUAUUCAGUAAUUUUAGAUUCAAAAGAAAUACUCGCGUUUAUUUUUUUAACAAGAUUUCAACAUCACAGUUCGAAUAAUAAGUAUAGCUGUUAUACGCAUCCAAUUUCAAUUUGGGACACAAAUCGAAUAUAAUAAUAGAAAAUAGUUUAUAAUAUUAGCUAUACUUUGUGUAGGAGUUCACUUGCGGGUUUUUUCCAGCAUAUGUGUUAAGAAUUGUAACUAUUAAAUUAUGGGCGGUUUAAAAUCGCAAGCGGUUUCUGUGUUUCAGGUAUGAGAAUAAAACGCAGAUGAGGUGUAAGACAUUACAAACAAAUAUUGUACAAAAAAUCGUACUUAUCUUUUCCAUAAUAUAAUACGAAUGUGUGUUUGAAAGUCGCUCCGUCUUUCUGCAUCAACGGAACAACGGAUGCAAGAGAUUUACAUUUAGCAUAAAUAGUCGAAGAGUGAGCGAGUAAAAUAAAGUACUUUUGUAUCAAGGGGUAAAAAAAAAUCCACCUAGACGAGUCGAGCCGAAGCUAGAGAAAGCUUUAAAUAUGGAUAAUAAAGCCCAUUUUACAAUGGUGUUACAGUGUCUUUCUUGUUAAUAAAAUUGGAAUGCGGUUACGAGCUUGCAAAUAUGUUAGAAAAAUGUGUUACUCGCAGCUCGUCUUGUAAUAUGCGAUAAGUUUACAGUGUGUUAUGUGAUUAGUGAAAGUACUGACUCAAAACUGUAUUUAAUUAACGAAAGAAUCUCAACAAAAUAAACUUAAAUUAUAAAUUUUACAAGCCAUGUAAGUUAGUUAUAUUAUGUAGACUGAAAGACGGUGGAGAUUUCUUAUGAAUAGUUUAUACAUGAAAGUAUUAUAGAUUACAGCUUUAUGGAACCAUUACGUAUUCGAUAAUUACGGAUACGUAUCGUUACUAUUAAGUAUACAAACAAAAUAUUGGAUGGAUGCAGGCGAUACCCUGCGGAAUUUCAUAUGCUAUAAUUUACGACAAAUGCAGAAGACAGACAGACGCACUUUGCGAUUGUGCGUUGUGAAAUUAAUCUAUCUUGAGGAGGCUCCGAUAUUUACGUUCGUGCAUACAAAACAUGCUUUAUGUGUGUUUCGAAGGAUCUGUGUUGUUGCGUUGAAAAAAAAUUGAACGUGCAGGUCUGCCCAAGGACUUACUACCAUCGCUUAAAGCAUUGUUAUUCUAGAUUGCAGUUAAUUUGAUAGACCUUGGCGUCUAAAUAAUGAGGAUUAUAAUUCUGAACCAAAAUACGAACAAUAUUAAAACAAAACAUGUUUUAAGGUGGUAGUAAAGGGGCUGGUUGUCGUUGAUUACAAUAAAUUAAGUUUAAUGUUCAUUGUAUACAAAUUAAGUCGUAAUUUGUACAUAAGGGGUGAAAAGUUGUAAGGGAUUGUCAUAGUACAGGAUACCAGUGUGAUACAACGUCAACUUCAUCAGGACUGAGAUUCUCUAUGGUAUUGAAUCUUAAAUGCGCACCAAAUGUAUUCAGGACUGUUCAUUUCGUUCACAAACUGUGCGCCACCUGAGCCUUAAAGGCAAGGCGCUGUCCCACACAAUACUAAUUUAUUUUCCAAUUGAAUUCGAAUUUGCUUGUGCUACGAAAUACAACCUAUGCCUAAAGGAGGCUAUACAGACCGAAGCUGCCUGCUUGGAUCGCCAGCUCUCUAUUGUUCCACAUAUUCGGCGGUUCUUUAAUGUAUGUUCAAUAAUUUUGUUGGUUGUUAAACAUCAUAUUUUUUUCAGCUAUAAUUUCUUACUUAAUAGUAUAAAGCUUUUGUAUGUUUCAUGCACUAAUCUCAGGAAAAUAAUACAUAUUUUUGCUUUACGUACUGGCCACCGGCCAAUCGAUAGAAACGUUAACGCGAGUGAAACUGUGGAGCAUGGCUAGCAUACAUUAUUAAUGACUCCUGAAUGAUUUUUUUUUUAAAUAUGUUAAUUUAUUUAAUGGAAUGUGCCCGUGGAAGUUUUAGGUCAUCUCUGGGACUAUGAAUGCAUUAUUUUUAGGUACUUAAAAACAAAACAAUAAAUUGGAGCUUACGGUUAAAUAUAAACGAUGUGCUAUUAAUAUUAAGGAUGCAUUUUGUAUGAAUUAGUUUUUUUAAUGUAAUAAAUUAGCAUUUUAGAUACAAUGUGUUCUUGUUAGUUAAUUGUUUAGUGUAUUAUUGUAAAGUAGACAUUGUGCGAGAACGUUACAUUUUGUUGUUGUAAUAAUGUAUUAUAAAUAUAACAUAAGACAGUUUUACUGGAUUACUUCAAUACGUAGUUAUUAAUUGAUAACAUAUACACAAUUUUUAUAUGUACGCAGUGUAUGAUAUUUUUUUCUUUCCUGUCUAUA